CUUCUACUCUUCUUCUUCUUCUUGCUUGGUUGCUUUCUCAUGUUCUUCUUCUAAAUCUUUCAUGAGCUUCUCUCUUGGUUUAGUUUUUUGUUGAUUUUUUUCUUAUGUGGAGAUUAUUUCUGAUGGUCAGUUAGUUUGCAGAACCGUGUGUGAGUUUCUUUUUUUUUAUUAUGUUUUGAGGUUUACUGAUUGAUUCUUCUUCUGCUUCUUCCUCUUAUUCUCUCUCAUACGCGACUUUAAACUGGUGAGAUUAUUCGGCUGUUUUUGGGGUUUCGAGGUUUUGAAGAUCUGGACUUAUCUAGCAUGUUCUGAAAAGUGGAAUGAUGGGACUUGGUAUUAGAGGAGAUUUGGUUCGAGCUUUGUCUCGGAAUUGCUUUCUCUUGUUGUCACUCGAUUUGCUUCUCAAAGCUCGUUUCUUUCUUCUUCCACAUGAAAUAUUGGUGCGUCCAUGGAGGAUUUCAUUUCUGAACAACUUCCCUGCUAUAAUGUCGGACGUGGAUGCGCGUCGCCUCCUUUUGAAUUCUCAGAGGGACAAGCGUAGGAAGAAGAGGUUUCGCCAAGAUGAAGCAUCUGCUUCUGGGGCCGCCGAGUUCGAGGCCGCGGACCUGUCCUUCGUUCCACUGCCGGAGGUCCCACCCACACCCCCUGAGGGAGUAGCCGCGAAAGGCAGUGAAGAAGAGGUCCCUCCUACGGGGCCGUACCCGCCAUCUGCGCCAACUGAUCCCUCUGCCAUGCCAGUGUUUCCUACCGAGGGGCGAAAUGAGAGCAUCACCAACUAUGUCUUGGCCAUGCAGAGGAGUCGGGAUUUGAUCUUCCACGAGGAGAUCGCGGAAUGGUCGGGGAUGCACCCUAGGCGGCUCCUGGGGCUGCCUACGACUCAUUGCAUGGUGUUGAUCUCUGCCCUCCAUGCCAUGGCUUGUCAGACGGCCGUUCACUCCAAGGAUGCCCACGCCCAGAGGACGGAAGUACGGAGGCCAAGAAGGGGAGCGAGGCCCAAGGGCUACUUGUUCAAGACCAGGAAGCACGGAUCUCCCGGCUGAUCGAGGAGAACACUCAUUACAGGGAGGAGUCCUCAAGGACGGCCGAGGAUAGGGAGCGCCUUCGGCAGGAGGUUUGAAGUCUGAAGGCCACCCUCUACGAACGAGCUCAAACCUUCGACGCUGUCAUGGAGGAAGAAAGGGUCAAGGUGGUGGACCGCUUUAAAGAGUCCCCGGAGUUCCGCGACCUUCAGGUCGAGUACGACACGAAGUCCUAUCACUCGGGGUUCAAGCUCUGUCGGUAUCUGGUCCAGAAGAAGUUUUUUGGCCUUUGCCUCGAUGGCAUCAGAAUGAAGGGUUUGGCCCCGGAGAUGGCGGAUGCGGCGGAGGAGGAGGAGCCCGAUUCCUUGGAGGAGACCGACGAGGACGUGGAAGUGGUGGACCCUUGAUGUUGGGGUUGUUCUUCUCUCUCUUUUUUUUUUGAACUUUGAGUUUAUGUUCCCGGGAGGCUGAGCCCUGUUUCCUUUUCUUUUUCCUUCCCUUUUUGGUGUAUUUUCCCGGGCCGUUAGGCCUGGUUUUUUAUAAAAAACUCAGUACUUAAUGAAAUAUUUUUUUUUGCUUAGAAUGGUUCCUUUCUGGUCCAAGCCAUACGUAUAUAGGUUACCCGAGCUGUCGAGUUACCGAGCUGGCAACAAGCGAGGGUAACUGAAGUGGGAGUCAUCCCGAAUUACGCGAGUUACCUUGAACUAUCAGGCUACCGGGCUUGGUAGCGAGUGGGGGUAACCUUGGUAAGAUUUUUCCCAAGUUUCUUGCCUCCAGCUGUCCGUAUAGAAUCCGUCUGUUUGAACGUAGGUCCUCUAAUGGACCCGAACAGUGAUCGUUGCAGAGGUGAUGUAGGUAUCGUAGGGUUGAUGCCCGAGCUAUCUGCACUUUAGACUCUAGCAGGCGAGGGGGUGAGGUCCUACGCACUGUUUGGAGCCUCCGUUAGUUCGAUUUCAUAGCCCUCAGGCUCGGGGAGUGACUCGGAGUCCACUCCUAAGCUUUGCCCAUGCCGUAGAGGCGACUAGGACUUAGUUGGUGCGGAGGUCCUUAUCCGUUCGACAUCUUGGACCUUAAGCUCUGGGAGCGGCUCAGUGUCCACUCUUAAGCUUUGGCCAUGCCAUAGAGGCGACUUGGACUUAGUUCGCCCAUGCUGUAGAGGCGACUGAGACUCAGUUCGCUCACGCCGUAGAGGCGACUGGUACUCAGUUCGCCCAUGUCGUAGAGGCGACUGGGACUUAGUUUACCCAAGUAGAGCGACUCGGUGUCCACUCUGGACCAACGGUCACAGGUAGUAUUGCUUUAGAUUGCUAAUGUUCCAGACUCGAGGCACCUGCUUUCCUUCCAACGUUUUGAGCUCGUACGUGCCUUCCCCGAGUAUUCAUUUUACCCGGUAGGGACCUUCCCAGUUCGGCCCCAACUUACCCGCUCUGGGCUCAGGUACCAUUACUUUCCAAAGGACGAGGUCGCCUACACGGAAGUGCCGCUUCUUGACCCGAUUGUUAUAGUACCGAGCCACCUUUUGCUGGUAUGUUGCGGUCCGGAUAUACGCGAGGUCCCGUACCUCUUCUAUUAGGUUGAGGUUGGUGCGGAGCUCGUCAUCAUUGGCCUCUUUGUUGUAUGCUUCUAAGCGUAACAUGGGUACUUCGAUUUCAGCCAGGAUCACCGCCUCCGUGCCAUAGGUGAGGUUAAAGGGGGUUUCACCCGUGGAAGUCUUGGUAGUAGUUUGGUAGGCCCAUAGUACACUGGGCAGU